AUGAACACUUUAGUAAAAUCAAGAUUAUUGUUCAGACCUCUCGCUCCAGUGUUUCUUCAAUAAUCAAGGCCUAACUUCAUGCUCUUUAAUCAAUUCUUUUUCGCUUCAAAUCAGUAAAUGAGAAUUUAUGAGGACAGGGUUAAAAUCUAAUAUCCAACUGAUUUCGGUAAAAUUGCAAAAGGUGCUCAAAAUCUCAUAAUUAAAAAGAAUAAUAGACCAGCAAAGAUCAUGAAUCAACCUAUUCCUCUUCAUGAUUACAUUAACUUUAAGACGAUGUCAGGUAAUGAAAUAAUCCUGAAUCUCGAUAAUGUUGAGAAUCUAAGAAAUUCUGAGCUAAUUAGUGGUUUAUUAGAAUUAGGGAGAAGAGAUAAAUUGUAAGAGCAUGAUUGGAAUAUUCAUCCAGUCACUCAAAAAUGUCUUAAAAGUCUAAGGAAGAGAAUGUCUAUGCUUACAUACAGAAAUAUCAUCUAAACUGCAAUGAUUCUACAAAAAUUGAGAAUUAUCGACCAAGAGCUUUGGAAUCUUGCUGCUAAGAAUUCAAUGAAGCUCUUGCAUAAGUUUAAUGGAAGAGAGCUAGCAAUAUUAUUAGAUCUUUAUGAUAGAGACAUUUUAGAUGAUGAGGGAGAGCCACACUUAAUUAGAAAGACUGAUGAUCAAUUCUUUGAGAGAAUUACUGGUAUUCUUCCAAUUCAAAUGAAAAUACUUGGGAGAGAGUAUCAAAUCAGAGUACUUGAAGUGCUAGUAAAGCGUGAUUUAGGAAGUGAGAGAUUAUACAGAGACUAUCUCCUUCUAAAGAUUGAAAGAAACAUGUAUAAGUUCAGUGCAAAUCAGUAUAGCAGAUUAGUUAGAGCACUUGCAGAUAAACAAUAUGUUGAGGAUAUUGUUCUCUGGAAUGAAUUCGUAUUCUAAUACGUAUACUUCAAUGAUAGAAAAGAAGCAAGAAAGUUCACUCCUGAGGAAGCAAGAACAGUAUGGGAUAGCUUAUUCUAUUUGAAAUUAAAAUGUCCCACACUAGAUGUUCAAGAGCACAUUAUCAAAGUAGAAAGCUUUAUCCCCAAAGAAGAUAGUACUAGUAAUUAGGAAUAAAUAAAUGCAGCAGAACCUAAAGUGUGA